UUCGCUCCUUUUCCAGAGAAAAAGUCUGUCAGAUGGAGAGUGAAAGAAAAAGCAGAGAUGGGGGAGGGUAGUGGGAGUGGGUGUGUCCGGCUCUGUCUGUUCCCUCCCUCCAUUAUAGAGAGGUAUAGAUGGUGCAGGAGUAGCUGCAAGUCCAGUCCGGUGUGCUGCACUAGUCUUGAGAGCCACCAGCUCAGAGAAGUAGUCCAGCCACUCCAGAAACACCCAGCUUGGCUCCUGCAGCUGCAGCACACAUUAACUCAACUUGUUAGCAAAGAUUCAUUCAAUCAGUUCAAGUGACAGCCUCUUAUUUCUGGGUCUCACGCUAGCUGAGCUCAUUCAGAUCACGGGCAAUUUGUUACACCUGAGACAGCAGAGAUGAUGAUGGGGAUGCAGCAAGACUCACGCAGUUUUCUGGUCCUUCUCCUCCUGAUCUUCAUCGCUGGGAUAGUUCUCUCUGGCCCCUCAACUUCCCGCAGGAGCAGAGUGAGACGCCAGAACAUGAAAGUCCGUAUCAAUGCGACAGGAGACACCAUCGUGAUGAAGUUUUUGCGUCCCAACGCUGACACCAAGCUUGAGGGUUACAUCCUGGGCUACGGCAGCAGCAUGUUCUCCAAACAGUUCAUUCAGCUUCCUGAGAACGGACAACCGUAUGAGACUGAGUUUGAUGCUGAGCCCAAGUACCUUAUCGCCGUCCAGCCCAUCCCAAGCAAUGAGGUGAAAAAGCAGUGCAAAGGUAAAGUUGAAAUGCAGAAGCCGCUACACCUGGUCAUUGGGUCAGUAACACCCACCUCGGUUCUCUUGUCUUGGGGGACCCUGCUGAAAACUCCCUAUGAAGGCAAUGUCAUGAAUGACUGUCUUGAGGAUGGACACUACACGGUGCGUUAUCGUGAGAGGAGCAGGAAAUGGAACUACCAGACCUGCCCAACUAGUGACACGGUCAUUGACAACCUGAGGCCCAACACAGUCUAUGAGUUUGGUGUCCAGCCCAACUCUAAGGAUGGCACUGGAGUGUGGAGCAAGCCGGUCAUUCACAACAUCAGCUCAGGGGGCAUAGAGGAGAAGGCCAUCCGGAAAAUCUUUAAACGUCCCGCCAACCCUGUGAAACCUUUAACACCAAGUCUACGCCCCUUCCCCUCUUCUCCGCGCCACGUUCUCCAUAACAGGACCCAGGGCAGACUGCCCAACACCCGGAACAUAGCCCCAAAGACAACUCUUGCUCCCACCACAACUACUACACAGGAAUUUCUGUCGACCCCUGGACCCACAUUGCCUGUGGUCACCAAACAGCCAAUCGGAGGAGGAGACCUCUCCAGAUCUGUGUUGCCUCCUUUCAAGGAGAUCCCGUUAGCUCCCAAGACCCGUCCUCCACUACACAUUACAACCACCAUGGCAUCUGUGCCAGUCCCCCCAAAAAACAUAGAGAAACAUGGAGAGCAUCCUCCGAGUCAACCACAACAAAAUCCUCAGUCCCAACCUAAUGCACAACCUCAACCAAAUCCUCAGCUCCAACCACGACCAAAUCCCCAAACCCAAAAACCCCAACUAAAGCCGAGGGUGAAGGCUCGGCCUCAAUCACAACCGCAACCAAAACCCCGUUUACAAACUCAACCACAACCCCAACCAACAUCCCUGCCCAUCCAGACCCCAAAACAACCUCAACCCACAUACCAGCCCAUACUCCAGACCCCAAAACAACCUCAACCCACAUACCAGCCCAUACUCCAGACCCCAAAACAACCUCAACCAACAUCCCAGCCCAUACUUCAGACCCAACCUCAACCACAACCCCAUCCAACAUCCCAGCCCAUACUCCAGACCCGACCACAACCACAACCCCAACCAACAUCCCAGCCCAUACCCCAGACCCAACCACAAUCCAAACCACCAUCCCAGUCCAAAAUCAAGACCCAAACUCAAUCACAACCCCAAUCAACACCUCACCCCAAACUCCAGACCCAGCCUCAGUCAUACUCACGGCCAAAGUCACAGCCUCAAACCACAACCCAGCUCCAAGCUGAACAACAACCUCAACCUACACUCCAGACCCAACCAAAACCCCAACCCCAACCAACGUCCAAGCUCAUACCCCAGACCCAACCGCAACCCCAACCAUCAUCCAAAAUCCAGACCCAAACUCAAUCACAACCCCAAUUAACACCUCAGCCCAAACUCCCGACCCAACCUCAGUCACAAUCUCAGCCAAAGCCACAUCCCCAAUCACAGCCUCGAACCACAACCCAGCUCCUGGCUGAACCACAGCCUAAACCAACACUCCAGCCCAAACGCCAGGCCCAACCUCAAACACAACCGCAUCCAAAGACCCAGACCCAGCCUCAAGUUCAAUCACCUCCCCAACCCACACCUGUGCCACAUCCUCAAACACCUCAACCAACACUCCAUCACAUACCUCAGACCCAACAAGCACUACAAAAGACUCACAUCCAGCCCCAACUUCAACCACAAUUUCGAUCUACAACUCAGCCACAAACCCAAACACAACCUCAACCAAAGACCAACCCACAGCGUCCGCCACAAUUUCAAUCUACAACUAAGCCACAAACACAACCUCAACCAAAGACCAACCCACAGCCUCAGCCACAACCUCUACUAAAAACUGACCCAGAGCCUCAACUAACUACCAAGCAGCAGGCUAAGGCCAAACUGACACCUAAACCAAAGAUUGAUUUUUUCCAACCCAAUCCCGAAACACAGCCUCAACCAAAGAGCCAACCCAUGGUUAAAAUGCAGCCUCAACCAAAGAGCCAACCCAAGCCAAAAAUGCAGCCAAAACGAAAGUGCAAACCCAAACCAAAAAUGCAGCCUCAACCAAAGAGCCAACCCAAGCCCAAAACACUGCCUACAACAAAAAAGCAGCCAGAGACUCAACAACAACCUCAACCAAAAAAACAGCCCAAAUCUCAAAAAAAGCCCCAAACAAAGGACCAACAAGAACCUCACCCAAAGAUCCAGCCAUGGCCCCAAACACAACCUCCAAUAAAGACCCAGGCCCAACCUAUAUCUCAUUCUCAACCGAUUCCCCAACCACAGCCUUCACCAAAUACCCAGAUCCAGUCCCCGCUUGAACCUCUACCCAAGCCACAACCUCAACCUGGGCUUCAGUCUCAGACCAGGACCUACUCUGAACCCACCAAGGUCACCCCAAGGCAGGCAGUCUCUACGGCUCCUAGUCCACCAGAAGAGGGCAAGCCUCUACCAAGACCUGCCCUGGCUACAGAGAAGGCUGGUAGUUACAAUCAGGGUACUGGCAUCCUCAGGCCAUCCAUUCCUGAAGUUCCUCGUUCUCCCAUUAGCUCAUCAGUUCCUGCAACAGGAAGAAACACCACGCUGCCCCGCACCCGGGUUCCUCCUCAGUCCACUCGUAAUAGUGGCAGACCAAUUUCUCCAUCCAAGACAUUCACUUCCUCUCACAGCUCCAACACACCUGGGGCCGGUGGGGCGGAUCAUAAGGGCAAUGCUCUUCCUAAACCUGUGGUGUGGUCCAGAGAGAAACCUGUCCCUGCAGUCCUGCGUCCCCCUAUUCCUGUCAACAAGAGACCCAACCUGGUGGGGAAACCCAGUGACCAUGAUAAACCCAUGGACCUGAAACAAGGAGACAAGGAGUCCAUCUUGAAGCCAUUCCCUCUGGUCACAGCCAAGCCGAAGCAAGAGCGCAAACAGCGUCUGACAACUACCUCUGCCCCAGUAGCAAACACCAGCCGUUUUGACAUAAAUCAAAACUCCUCCAUAUUCAGGCCCUUGCCUGCGUCAGACGUAGACAUCAUGGGCAAGAAGCGCUUUGUAGCUCCCCACGUGGUCUACAAGACGGAUAAGGUGCCAGAAGAGCCGUGCUCCAUCACCACCUCCCUCAGUUACUUCCCUGACGAGGAGGGCAGUGAUAUGAACGUGACUGCUCCACCCCGCCUCCCUCCCUCCAACGUCACUGUGGUUACUGUGGAGGGCUGCCCGUCUUUCGUCAUUCUUGACUGGCAGAAAUCUGACAAUGAAACCAGAGAGUAUGAAGUGGUAUCCACCACCAAAGGGCCAAAUGGAGACGAGGUUUCCGUACUGAUAACCAACCAGACACACACAGCCGUGGAGAAUCUCAGCCCAAAUAGCAGUUAUGAAUUCACAGUAACACCAAAGAAUGAGCUGGGAUCAGGAGCCUCCAGUGAUCCUGUGUCUUUUAGCACAGAAUCAGCGGAUCCACGAGUGAGCGAACAUGUUUCAGGCAAAGAUGCCAUCUGGACUCAGUUCCCAUUUAAAUCCGAUGAGUACUCUGAAUGCAAUGGAAAGAUGUAUGUGAAGAGAACUUGGUACCGAAAGUUUGUGGGCAUCCAGCUCUGCAACUCCCUGAGAUACAAGAUCUACCUGAGCGACUCUCUCACUGGGAAGUUUUACAACCUUGGAGAUCAGACGGGUUAUGGUGAGGACCACUGUCAAUUUGUGGACUCCUUUCUGGAUGGACGUACCGGCACACAGAUGUUUGCUGACCAGCUACCAAGCAGGCCAGGGUUUUAUAGAGCCUUGAGACAGGAACCUGUCCACUUUGGAGAGAUUGGAGGGAGGUCACAUGUUACUUAUGUAGGCUGGUAUGAGUGUGGCACACCCAUACCUGGGAAGUGGUAAAACCGCACAGGGCUAUCCAGAAAGGAUGACUUCCUUGAUGGGGAGGAAGAAGAAGACGUCUGACUAGGCCUCAAGGGAGAUGGGCCUUUCUUUAAUGCUACCAUGGACACUGUAGAUGGGUCUGUCUGUUUGAACUCGGCCUUCUUUCCCAGGUAUGAACCAGUACAGGACUAUUGUGUCACAAAACUCUAUUGAGUGCAUUUGUAACAAUGGUCCUUAUUUUUCUAUUUAUCAAAAAACGCAUUCAACUAAGGAAUGCAGGACUUUGAGUGAACCAAAAUGUUGAAUAUAAAGUAAUUACAGAGAAAAUGUUGGGAAGCUGGCUCCCAAAGUGUAAUAACUUGUAUGAUAUUAUUUAUCAAAGGGAAUUGUUAUUGAAUAUUCUGUGUGUGCUCGGGUUUUUUGAGAUGAGAAAGUAAAAAUUGUUCCCAAUACUUGCAUGUCAAGGAGCACACGCAUUGCGUCAUUUGAAUACAAAAAUGUGCCAAUCAUACUUUCAUUGUACAUUUGGACUAUGUAAAAUACAAGUACACACAGACAUGCAGAAUUGACCUUCUGCUGGCCCUAAGGGAUUAUUAGCAGUUGCAGUUUGCACAGUAUUAAACUUUUGUUUAUAUAUGUAUAUGGUGUGAAAUAUAGUAUGUAUACCAGGGAUCAUAUAGUUUGAUACAUUUCAGGUAAGAAAUAAAACAGCUUAUUAGCCAAAUUGUUGAUCUAUGGGGGCUCUUGGAAAGAUUUAUGUAUUUUUAAUGUUAGUGCAGUCUUGUCCUGUAUUUUAUAAAAGAAUAAGAUAUAUAUAAAAAUGUAUAAAUAAACCAAGCUUCAAUGUGGAAAUAAUAUACUAUAAGUAAUGACAUAAUUUAUGUUUUUGUGUUCAAACUUACGAGAAAUUGUACAUAAAGCUUUAAAUCAUCGUAGAGAAAUUGUCAGGUUUUUUCCCACAUCUGUCGUGACUGCAGUUGUUUUCUGAUGCACCAUGUAUGUUUUCGGCAAUAAAUCUUGUUUUUAUAUUUACUGAUA